AGGCUACCCAUGGAGAAAGGAGCGGCCUUUGCUGCGGUGAUGAUGGCCAUGGCGGUGCUCGCCACCACCACGACGGGCGCCCUGCAGGUUCAGUUCUCAGAAGCCGAGAAGGCGCAGUUCGUGCAGCUCCACAACGACGCCCGGGCGGCGGUCGGUGUGCGCACGGCGGUGGCGUGGAACGAGGCGCUGGCGGCGAAGGCCCUGGAGCACGCCCGCUACUGCCGGAAGGAGCACAUUCCGGGGCCCUACGGCGAGAACCUCUGGUGGGGGUGGAGCAGCGCCGCCGGGUGGGUCGGCACGCCGGCGGACGCCAUGCGCUACUGGGUCGGCGAGAAGCAGUACUACAACCACGGCAGCAACACCUGCGUCGGCGGCGAGUGCGGCCACUACACGCAGGUGGUGUGGAGCCGCACGUCGUACGUCGGCUGCGCCCGCGUCGCCUGCAACACCGGCGACAUCGGCACCAUGAUCGCCUGCAACUACUACCCUCGAGGCAACAUGAGAGGAGAGAGCCCUUACUAG